UUCACGUGAGAGUGCUUCAUCAAAUUGAGAGGGGAUACUAAAAAGGUCCAUUACGAAAUAAUAAAUUGAGAGGGGAUAACGAAGGAAAAGACAAAAAUAAAGUUUGUUUUUAUAUGAAACAACAAUACACAACCAGCAACGCCACCCAGAGAAGUUGGCCGACAAUACUUUGAUUCAAAACUUUCUCCACAUGUCGCCGGUAAUUCGUCUUUUCAAGGAUGAUUAAUGCAAGAUCCAAGAAAAGAGAGCAUUGACACUCAAGCUAGUAUGAUGCAUACCAUUUCCAAUAAAAGAAUGAGCUCUGAUGCUCGAACCAAUACAAUUAGUGAUCUGCCAACUGAUGUCCUUUACAGAAUUGUGGAACGCCUACCCCUUCUUGACGUGGCACGAAUGUCUAUUCUAUCAUCUAGGUGGCAAGAUAUUUGGACUUCGACUCCGUUUCUUAAUUUUAAUGCUGAAUUUUUCUCAACUGUCCUUAAAGACAAAGUAACCGAUACUAAUCUAUUUUGCAACAUCGUGAGUAAAAUACUCUUUCAACAUGAAGGUCCCAUUUUAAAGUUUGCAUUGUUUGUUCCGCGACUGAACACCUGCCCAGAUUUAAAUCAGUGGAUCUCCUAUCUUUCAAGAGCUGGUCUUAAAGAUUUUUGUUUAUAUAAUAUGUUCAUGCCUCAUCGUCUUCAUGGUUUGAGCUGGCAUCUCUUUGCUUGUGAUGGGUUAGAAAAGUUGACCCUUUGUGGCUCUAGUUUCAAUCCUCCUCCUAAUUUUAAGGGCUUUCCAAAGUUGAAAAGCCUCAUCCUUAACAGGGUCGAUAUAAUAUGCAGCAGAUUCAACAAUCUAGUUCAAAGUUGCCCAGCUCUACAAAAUUUAGUUUUAACAAACUUUACUUUUAAGCAGCAGGGGCUCAUUAUUAUUAAUGCUCCUAGCCUUAACAUCUUUGUUAUCGAUGGUACAUUUGAUUCACUUGAUGUAAAAAAUGUCGACAGUCUUGUGUCAAGUUCAAUUGUUUUGCGGAAAUCGGGAGUGAAUUUAAGGAGCAGCUCGUCUGAUCUGAUUAAAGUUCUUGCAAAUUCAACUAACCUUGAAAGUCUUUGUUUAGGAGGUCUCUGUUGUAAGGUUAUGUUCAAAAGAUGCUGCAUUCCUGAUGUUUCUCAUAAACUGAACAAUCUGGAGUUGAAAUAUCUUAAUUUGGGUAAUGUGGAUGAGUUUUCAUCUGUGAUAAGGUGCAUUCAAAGCUUUCCUAACCUCCAAACACUUAAAAUCUCUGUCCAGAAUAGCAAUGAUUUGGACGAACAUAUAUUGGACAACAAACGUAACUGCACAUUACUACACCUUAAAUGUGCUGAAGUUGAGAUUUGUAGUGAUUCCAGUACAGAGCUGAAGUUGAUUGAGCUUUUGCUUGCUUCCUCACCCAAACUCGAGAAAUUAUCAGUGUCAUUCUGUGCAAUCCUUAAGUGGAGCUCUUACUCAAUGAUGUUAACGAAGUUGAACCGGUUUCGUAGAGUAUCACAAAAGGUGGAAGUAGUCUGUGCAGAUUUCAUAGUCUUGCCAAACGAAUGUGAAGCUGUCUCGUCAUCUUCUGAAGAGAGCAGCUCAGAUUCCUCGUCUUCUGAAAAUACAAGUGAAUCAGACUCUGCAGAAUCAAGUGAUUCCAUCGAGUUUCUAGUUUGAACUGGGAGUCAUCCAUUGGUUUAUGGUUUUUCAACGGGCAAUGGCUCUUUAGAUGCUGUUUUAUAUAAGGUGUUUUACUUUAUAAUGAGAUGCUGUUAUAACUGUUAGCUUUGGAUUUAAAUUACUCGACAAUUUGCUUAAACGCCCCAUUUGGAUCCACUUGCUGUAGUUUGAUUGAGUCAUAGAUUUACACUUCUUUUUUCUAUACUCUUAACAGACUGUUUGAGCAAAACUCAAAUAUGGGGAUUGAAUCAACAAAGUAAUAGACAACAAAAUCAAAAUGUAAGAACAAAAGGAAUACAAAUUGAGAGGUAGAGAAAAUUCCAAGAUCAAAUUGAUCAUGGACUAUAAGACUCCACCUAAACAAUUGAUUUUGAUUGAUGUUUAGAGUUUCUGAUCACACUCUAAUUCGGCUCUCAACAAUUAAGUCA